AUGGGAUUAUCAUUAUCUAAGUAUCGACAAAACGAAAAUACUUUCGAUACAAUUUCACAAUAUAUUUUCACAAUCACUGGCAUACCUAAAAAAUUCGAUCAGGAAGAAGAAAUUGCAGGAUUACGGCAUAACCUUAUUAGGGAAGUCUUUAAUGGAAAUUUCUCUUCACCUAUUAGGAAUGAAUUAAAUAAUGGCGAACUAAAGAUAUUAGAUGUUGGCUGUGGUUUUGGUACUUGGUUGUUCGAGAUGUCGUCAGAUUUCCAAAACUGUCAAUUUGUUGGAGUGGAUAAGACACCUCAACAUUUUAUUGCUAAUAAGCCAAAGAAUGUGGAUUUUGUGUCGGCAGACGUUACUAAAGGACUUCCAUUUAAUGACGAAUCAUUUGACUUUAUUCACAUUCAAAACUUAGUUUUUGAUCUGCGUGAUAAACAAUGGGACUCUUUAAUUCGAGAAUGCGUCCGGGUUUUAAGGCCCGGAGGUUAUAUUGAGAUAACUGAAACAAAAUUUGGCGCGAAGAGCUUCGGCCCAGAACUUGAAAAAUUGGAAAAAAAUAUGAUUGAUUUCCUUACCGAAAGGAAAAUAAAUACACUAAUCGUUGAUAGAAUUGAAGAUAUAAUGAAUUCUAAUAAUUUACAAAAUAUUGUUCAUUAUGAAAGUUACUUUCCAGUUGGAACAUGGAAUAGUGAUUUUGGAAACGCUUUUCAGACAUUCAGUCGCGAAGCAUUACGCGCCUCUAUAACAAGAUUUGGUAGUUCAAAAGAUAUAGAUACUGAACUAAAUAAUAUUAUAGCAGAAGCCAAUCA